ACUUUUUCGGUGAUGGGCAUUGCUGAAGUACUUUGCUAUGUAACAGCAAACGAUGUCUGUCUUUCCAAGUUUCCUAGACGUCCAGGUCUAUUUGGUGGACUGUAUGGAGUCAGUUUGGGUGUUGGCACCGUUGCUGUUAUUCAGAUCAUUGUUGCUUUGAGAGUCGUGUUCUACAAUGAUCACGUUAGUGCUGCUACCAUUUUCUUUGUAUUAGGAAUAUUUACCAUUGUGACAUCACAACCAUUGCUGCUCUGGCAAUUGCUCAGUUCAUGUACCAGCAACAAACACAUCAGAGAAAAGUCGUUACCAGACGAAACAGAUCGAGACCUGAAAUCAAUGAGAUCAAACUCUACAUCAGACCAAGUAAUAAAGAUAUCAGUUCACGAUGUACUUAGACUGCUGAAGAAUUGGCAAGUGAUGAAAUUCUUGAUAGCCGUUUGGCUUGUGUUCAUUCCAAUUGAAGGAAUACUAGCAGUUCUAGAGCCCAUUGAGUUUUCUUUAUGGAAUGAGAAGGUGGCUCCUGCCGCAACUCUAUCUGCAGUUUCUUUUGGAAUGGUUGUUGUUGGUCGUUUGAUCUGGUGUCUUGUGGCCGACUGUGUUGGCCUUUCUCGAUUACUUUGUUUUGUUAUUCUGAUGCAAGGAUGUUCUCUGUUAACAAUUGGAUUAUUGACAACCGGAUUAUUGACCCCAUUGACACAAACCUGGGUGAAAUACGUUACUAUUACUCUUUUCAAUUUUUACUUGUUUAUGUUUCCGGCGGUCAAAGUGCUUUCUCCAGGAUUGUCGUAUCAAAUACUGGAGUAUGCUGAUGGCGUGGUAAUUCUUAGUAUGGUAAAUAUUGUGGUUGGAGUAUCAGGCAUUGUUGGACCCCUCAUUAUUCAAACAAUGUAUGACAUUCAUGACAGCUUGGGUGGGAUCAACGUCCGUACUGGUUGCUUGUUCAUUGGCACCACUGGUUGUCUCAUUUAUAAUUAAAGUUGGAACAAGACCGAUGAUCUUUACUUCAUCAAUACUGUUGAUUAGUGGACUGACAUUGACAUCAAUUGCAACAGAGAUAUGGCAUCUAUUUCUAACAUACAGCAUUCUGGUUGGCAUCCAUGUAUGUAUUGUUUAUUCUGUUUGUUGGGGUGUGUUGCCUCUUUACUUUCAAAAGAGAAGAGCACUAGCUAUUGGAUUAGCCAACAGUGGGAAGCAUGUUGGAAUGGCAGUAGUCGGUCCAAUCAGUCGGAUGGCUGUGGCACAGUAUGGGUGGAGAAAGUGUCUUCAGUUGGUUAGUUUGUUGGGACUAAUUAUGAUUAUUUGUGGGAUUUUGUAUCGACCACUAAAGGUGCCAUCUAAAACGACUGCGGGCAGAGAGGGAAAAGAAAAUAGUUUGAGUAUUGGACAGAUUGUUGUGAAGUCCAUAAAACUUCAUAGAGAUCCGUUACUUACAUUUUGGCUACUAAUGAUAGCUCUGUCUUACUCUGCCUACUUUGUUCCAUCAUAUCACAUUGUUCGUCAUGCCGAAGACAAUCUGAAUGUGAGUGAGGAAAGAUCUGGAUUUCUGCUCACAGUGAUGGCCGUGUCUGCUGCUGUUAGUACAAUGACAGUUGGUCUCAUAUCUGAUUAUUUUGUUCUGCAAUACAAGAUUGUACUCCUACAAGUUCUACUUCUGCUUGCAGGAAUAUCUACAAUGUUAUUUUCGUUUUAUCAGACAUUUACACUUCUGGCAAUUUAUGUGAUGGUUUAUGGUGUGGCGACAGCAUUUACUGCUCUCAUACCUGUUAUUGUAGCAGCUGUUGUAAGUGAAGAAGAGACUACUCUUGCCAUAGGUUUGGCCAGUUUCUAUGUCAGUGCAGCAGUUAUUGGUCCACCAAUUGCAGGAUGGAUGUAUGACAGUAGUGGUACCUACAACGAUAGCUUCUUUCUCUUUGGACUAAUACUUGUCACAGCUGCCGUCACUAUCAGUCUGCAUCAUGUCUUUGCUCGGUUACAAGUAAAAUCGUGUGAGCAAAAACAGAGGACAUUACCUAGCCAACACAAUGAUGAUCAGGAGGAAAAAGAUAUUCUGAAGUUUUGCGUAGUGAUGACCAAAGAAACAACUGUCUAGCUACUGCUGAUAAAUGCUUUAUGUAGUUGUAAAUAAAUACAAGAAUCAAACUCUUAGCAAUCCAAAUGUUGACUACCUACUAAAACGAGGUUGAUCCAACCCGUAAGCCGGCGCGCGUUGCGCGCCUUUCAGGGGUGGUUACAAAUUAGUCUACGCUUGCGCGUAUUGUUGGCGCGAUAAUUCAAUCCUUGGCUUUUCCAUCUUUUGCACAAGCUCAGGAGGGUCUUGCCUACUAGCACGGCUAUAACUACGAAAGCUGGUAGUUCAGAUUAGUCAGACCUUCGUGAAAGGAGGUCUGCAUGCGCAACUUUGGA